CGUGUUCUGUGCCGCCGUCGCGUGGCGGUGCAGUACGAGCGGUCGAGGUAAACAAAGGGACCGAUCAGACGGCGUUUUCCCCUGGGCGCGCGCGUACUGCUCGGCUGCGUUACCGAGUUGGGGGCAGUUCCGUGGCUCCCGACGAACGCGAGGAGGACGCCGCGACUCGCUAUGGUUUGCCCCGCGGGCCAUGGACCAAGCGGGCGAGCCCGAGGUGCACCACGUCUGGGCGAAGGCGGUGACCGCGGACGCAUCGUGCGAGCAGCAGCUCGUCGAAUCCUCCGCUGCAGUCGACGAGGUUCUCUUGCCUGUCGAGGAUUGCGGGCCCUUCUGCAAGAUCUGUCACAUGCCGGCUCGAGACGAUGACCCGCUCAUAUCGCCCUGCCGGUGUUCCGGCACCGUGCAAUACAUCCACUGCGGCUGCCUCACGCGCUGGCUGGAGAUACUGAGCAAGAAGUCCCGCAAACCGCCAAGUUGCGAGCUCUGCCAGUACCAGUACCAGUGGCACAAGAAGUUCCGCGCAGGCGGUUCCUGGCGCCUCCCGCCUUGCUCACCACGUGACAAGGUCCUCCACUGCAUCUUCCUGCUGUCAGUGGUCGUUAUGGUGGCCUGUGCCACCGUCACCAUUGUCUGCUUCCGCCAGGACCCUCCGUCGUCGUCCUCCUCUUCAACGAUGACAACGGGCCGCCGAAGCGACCUGACCCACUCGGAAAUGGUGACACUCGUUUGCGGAGUGCUCUUCUUCUUGGCCUUCUUUGUGGCCAUGUACGUGGAGGUCACCGCCCGCAGUACCCUCUACAGGCUGCUGCUGCGCUUUGUCUAUCUCAACCAGCAGUGGUACAUAGACUGAGUACGACUGCGAAGCGCGGGCCUGUGGCCGUCUGAUCUAACUGAAAAUAAAGAGCGCGAAAAAACACGACCGUGAGAAACGUACUUACUGGACAAGUGCCAACUUCCAGCUGAAUUUUGUAGACACAAAUGAGUGUGCCGAACACGAAAGCAGCUGGAACAGCUGCGGUGGUUUGCUGUGCAGACCCCAGCAUUUCAAGAAACAAAUUUUCCUGUCACAUGCAGGGGUUUGCAAUAGGCCACUGUGAUUUUUAGUAUGGUUUUUGCUGAUUUUGUGCAAAAGCAUUUUUCCUGUUAUCCUUCUUUGAUGUAACUGUUCCCACAGAUAUUUAUGAUGCGUUCGUGGAAAAAAAAUUCAGUUGGAAGUUAUCUCUUGUCCAGUGCAUAAGCUUUUCGUGGCCAUGUUUUUUUGUGCUGUUUAUCUUCAGUAUGAAUGACCAACUAUCUCAGUCAGUUACUGAUCUGGCCUCUCGUCUCAGAGGGGCACGCCUGUGACGAAGCUUGUAGCCAGGGAGUUCCUUUUGAUCUCUGUGAGUGUGGCAUUCCACACACAAACACACACACACACGAACUCUCAUACCUGUGUGUUAUGAUAUUACGUGCCAUUCGCAUUUGAAAAUGACAAAGCCGCCUCACCCUUAUCUCCCAUGCUUGUUUUUGUAACUUGUUUGUCCGGUUCGUGUGUCAUUUGCAUCCUCUUUUUUUUUUAGUGCCGGAAGACGGCCCUACGGCUAAUCACCCUUAGCAAUGCCCAAAAUGUAACGCAGCAGGUCCUUGUUUUGUGCAAGGCGUCCAUGACAUUUUGUUUCUUGCUUGUCAACAGUAUUGAAGCCGUGAAUGUUUCACGAUUUCAGUCCCACGGACAUCCGAUGAUUGCCCAAGAGCUGGCCCCAAACACAUCGUGCUAUUGCAAAGGGACAGCUUAUUGACACACUCUGUACUUGUUAUUGUCUGCUAAAUGGGCUUGAACAGCCAAAUCCCCGUUCAGUAUUGAGAUGCACAAAAGCGCAGGUUACGCUGCGUAGAUCCAGCGUUGAUGUUGCCAUGCUCUGGAAGCCCAAAUCCGGCGCUUAUUUUACCCCACCCAACUCAUCACACUUACGUGUUUUUUAAGUGGUCGGCACCACAUCACUAAUCAUGGUGCUAUAGCAAACGAAUGAGCAAUGCUGUUUCCCAACAUCGAUAAAAAAAAAAGCCAAAUAGCACAUGCCCAACGGCGCCAUCCUAGAUUGCUUCCAUUAAUACUAGAAAUUACGACAUCAGUAACAGGUAAGUAAAAAGGAAGUGGGGAUGGAGAGGAUAUUUGAUUCAUUUCUUAAAUCUCUUGGUGAAAACAGGCUGUUUCUUUGUUCAAUACUGUAAUGCAGGUUUCGCAGCUGGCUUUGGAGACGGCGCUCUUGUCAUGUGGUGCACAAACUGUCUUGUUGAGUAAGCAGCUGUACACCUUUGCUCAUCAUGCUUGCUUGAUUGAUUGAUUGGUUGAUUAACUAAGUGCCCAUUGGUCGUGGGGUCAAAGUGAACAUUUCUUUAGGGGCUGCGCUAACGCAACAGCAUUCCAACUAACAAGCUUGUGCAUGGGGUCACUGACUUUUGACUGACAACUAAGAGUACUUGCACAGGUGAAAGCAUAUGUGCAUGCUGCUAAUAUUGAAGUAGGCUGCAUCGAAAGUGCUGGCUUGUUUGUUCCACUAGAGUAACGUGGCGCAUUACUUGUUGGAGCCGAAUGAUUAAUUUUUGCAUCAUGCUGUGCGAUGGCUUUUCAAGUUCUCGGACAAAGAGAGCCCGUAUUUGUGAAUCUCCAAUACUAGGAACAAAAAUGAAAUGGAGACUAGAGGCAUCAAGCUCAAUGCAAGAAAAUGCUGCAGCAGUGAAAACUGGUCUGCUACGUGUGGAGUCACACACAGGCCCGGUGACUUUAUGUACAUCAUUGCCGUCUUCUGAGUGCAUGUAGACAACAUACAAUAGGCUAUUGGCAAACUACUUGUGUAGAUCUGAUGUUUUAUCAUCAUUGAAGAGGCUGGUGAUAUUUUUUGACGUGCUGUUUUUGUUGCAAAUUUCCGUUUAUUUGUAAGUUUACUAUUCCAGUCUCUGAAAAGCAAAUGCGCUGCUUGUGGAAGUAUAAAAUAUAGUUAGAGAGUUCCGUGUUCUUGACUUGGCCAUGUUGUUUGCAAUUUAUUAUCACUGAACACUGGUUUAUUGAGUCAUUUACAAAAGCCAAGUGUGCAGAAGUGUGAAAGGCUAUUCUCUUUUUGCUGUGGUCUUAGUCACAUAAUUUAACAGAACUUGGUGCUUAAAACAGACUGAAGGCUACCUUUUGAUUUUACAAGGAGCAGAAGGGAGGCAUACCAACAGUAUGGAACACUGUGCCAUUUUGAUCGCUUCUGCUUGCACCCAUAUAUUGAGACAUCCACACGAGAACUGCCCUCAUUUUGUGUCAUGUGAACGACCAAUGGUAGACCAAGCACAUGAGAUCGACCAACUGGCUGGAACGUGAGCAAAUGGACGUGCUUCAGCCUCUUGAAUACAGGGAGCCGCUUUGUGCUAUGAAAUGGAUCAUGUCUGCAUUGCUAGCUUUAGCAGCGGCUCUCUCAGUGUAAAGUUAACCUAUCUCAGAUGAGGUCUUUUUGCAUGGAAAGGGUCGGAUGCGACUGCAAGAGCUGGAAAACACAUUGCAGCCAUGUUCAGGGCACCUAUUAAAUUGUUUGAACAGAUGUCAGUCAAGUAGCUUUAACUUUGGUAAUAUAUAGGCUUAAUCAAGGAAGUACUAUAACUAAUAAAUUAUACUUAACCAAUGGA